CCUUACACAAAUGUGUACCAAAAAGUGUCGCUGGCUCCUCUACCAUUAAUUAAAUGACAGUUAAGAAUAAAUUAUGACAUUAAGUUAAUUUUAUAUAUUUGUCAAAAUCAGCAAAUAGUUCUAAAUUGAAUUACUAAAUUUUUGUUUAGUUUACUUACAAUGACUGAAGUUUUAGAAAGUUAAAACAUUAUUAUGGCCAAGAGAUAAUGAAAAAAUAGAAUAUAUACAGGAUGUUUCAAAAUUAUUCAGCAAUGUAUCUAGGGAUUAUGAUAGGAACAUUUAAGGUACCUACCUACUAUGAAUGUCCAGCACGACUUUCUGCGGAUAAAUUUAGUAUUCAAAGAGUCCUAGUAAAGCCUGCAAAAUCCUUAGCUGCCAGGAAAGAAGAUAAUUUAGCGAUCAGACUACCAGUUUUACCACAUGAAUCAAAAAAUUAUAAUCCAAUGCCCUAUAUUUUCAGAGUUCCUGGUACCAGUAUUCCUAUUAAAAUUGCCAACCUCACAGCGAGAAGUCCACCUUUUCAUAUAUUACUGGAUCAUACUAUUGCAGUUGUAUGGCUUCUUUUUGCACAAAAUACUUACGACUGUCCUUUAGGUAUAAAUCAACUGCAAUGGGCUUUGGCUUUUCUAAAGACCAUACAGGAUCCAAACGGAGACUACACUGAAGAUGUAAAAAUUUGCAUCGAUGCAAUUGAAGAAAUUUUAGUAAAGGACUAUGCUGACCUGCAACAAGAAAUAAACUCCGCGAAUCAGUUAGAUGAGUCGGUACAUUACGGUGGAGGAGCCUUAGGGUCGAGUACUUUGGUAACCCAAGACAUUCCAUUUUCGUUAAACUAUUCGGAAAUUCUGAAUAGACAUCAAGCAGCUGCAUCAGACGUACCAGGAUUUACAUUAAGUGCCGUUGAAUGCGAAGAAGAGUUAGAAAAACUUAAAGAGGCUGCUGGGGUUAAAUCUAUCGAGAAACUUGAUUCUAAAUCAAAGGAGAAAGCAAUUAAUGUUUUAAGAAUUUGGAAGACUGAUCAAGUUGAGAAAAUACGUGGAGAACUUAAGAGGUUGCGUUCGAUCGAGGACAAGAUGAAGGACAUUGACGAAAACUUUCAGGGCUACUGUGAUGAUGGUACUGAAGAUUUUUUAGCAAAAUGCGACCAAGACUGAAGAAAAAAUAUAUUUCAACUUAUAAUUUCUAAUAUUAUUUUGUCCUACAAAGUUUACUAUUAAAAUACUACUCGCACCA